CAGUAGGUCGUAGGUUAGGAGGUGUGUCUGUGUGGUUUUCGUCAAGAAGUUGUGUAAGAAGAAGUGCCGUUUUAAGCUUUUGUUGUCCGUCUUAGUCUGUUUAGAGGAGGUUCAGGGUUUCGCUGAGAAGUCAGAGUAUCGUCUGAGCCGUCUGUGUGCCAAGAAACUGCAAGAUAUUCAACCAAGCGAAGGAAAAAACGUUGUGUAUUGCAGUAUUACAGAGUGCAGGGUUGCGUUGAUGUACCUUUGUUUGUUUCUGGUACUGACUCUGACACCGUGGCCAGCCUGGUCACACGUACAACACUACAGAGCUCAGGAAGACGACCCUCCACCAGCCCCCACGUGUCCCGUUGAUGGUUGUCCUCCUCCUAAGAUGUUCUCUAAGCUUCUCCGUGCCAUCAUCAUGGGCCCCCCGGGGUCAGGGAAGGGCACCAUCUCAGGUCGGAUCGUCCACGACUUCGGGAUGAAGCACCUGUCCAGUGGGGACCUUCUCAGAAUACAGAUUAUGAACAGCACUGCUGCUGGUUUGGAAGCUAAGAAGUUUAUUGACCAGGGUGCUCUGGUGCCUGAUGAAGUCAUGGUACAACUCAUCCUCAACGAACUCAGGGAAAUAACAAACCACAGCUGGCUGCUGGAUGGUUUCCCCAGGACAGUGCCCCAGGCCGAGGCCCUGUCCGACAAGCUGGACAUUGACGUGGUCAUGAACUUGGACGUGCCUUUUGAGACCAUCAAACAGAGACUGACCGCGCGGUGGGUCCACCCGGGGAGCGGCCGGGUCUACAACCUUGACUGGAACCCUCCUCAAAUCCCUGGUAAGGAUGACGUGACGGGUGAACAGCUGAUCCAGAGAGACGACGACAAACCAGAGACCGUCACGGCCAGGCUCAGGAACUACGAGAACCAGACUAAACCACUUCUGGAGUUUUACAGUGCUGCUGGAAAACUGGUGUCUUUCCACGGAACAGAGUCCAACAUCAUUUACCCAAAAGUCAAGGACUUCCUGGCCACAAAGAUCCCUCCUGUCACAGAUGACCAAUCACAGUCUGUGAAACAAUAGUUUGAAUGUGAAAAGUGGUGCUGUGGUACGAUCCUUCUCAUUGGUCAAAGUGUACUUACACUGAUUUGCUUGGUUAACUUGCAGUGAUUCUCUGAUUGUUGAAGAAAUUGUUGUAACUGUCUGUGAGUUGCUAUUAAAAUGUACCUCUUAAAUUAAGUACGUACACUGCACUUUGUGUAGUGGCCUCAUGUACAUGGGAAAUUUCUCUCUGAUCUAUGUAAAAGUAGAUGUACAAAAAGUCCCUAAAGCUACUAUACAAUUGAAAGAAUGGUGUGAAAAUGAUUUCCUUUCACUGUGAUUCUUGCAAAAAAAUUCUAACAUUUAUAAAUAUAAUUUAUACAAAUCAUGGUGAACUCAUUGUUAUACCUGGAGUGAGUUUUAGCAGAAGCUUAUCUAAAGCACCUUU